CUUCCGCUAAACUUCCUCUGGUUUACUUUCAUUGUUGACAGUUUGUAAACUACCGAAAAAAUAGCAAAAAAUCGGGUUAACAGUAGUCAGCCCAUCUGGAAUGACACGCCGUUCGUUUAUUAGACGAGUAUCCGCAGUUGUGUGGGAAAUAUUCUCAUGUUUUCUCCACUGUUAGUGAGCUAAGUUAAGCAGCUAGCCGUCUAGCUUGCUGUACAGCUGCUGUGUGUCUGGGAAUCUGCACUGAAAGCCAAGAGUAUGUUUCUCGAUGUGCUUUUGUUAUGCUUUUACUUGUUUUGAAUAACCUGUACAGCAUGGAAUCUGAGGGAAUCGUCAUUCGGAUAAAGACACCGGUGGGAGACAUGGACUCAUCAGUGGACUGUCCAUCACAUCUCAACUUCAAUGAUCUGCUGGCCGCGAUCAGGGAUGUCAUGCCCGAGGCCACAGUCACAGCUUUUGAAUAUGAGGACGAAGUUGGCGACCGAAUCACAGUUCGCAGUGAUGAGGAGCUCAAAGCCAUGCUGUCAUAUUAUUGCAACACAGUGAUGGAGCAACGCAUCAAUGGACUGUUACCUGAGCCUUUACAGAUAUUUCCACGAGCCGGUAAGACCCCAGGGAUCCGCAACAUACACGGCCUGAAGGUGAACACGCGGCCCGAAUCCUCGAGUGGCAGGGGCUCCUCUGCGGCUGAUUCCAGGUCCAAUGAUAGCAGUUUAAAGAAAUCUUCAGCUGAGCUUAAGAAGAUUUUGACAAAUGGACAGAUAAAUGAACAUGACCUCCAGUACCAGGAGCAGCUUGGCCAUGGAAAUGGAGGAACAGUUUACAAAGCUUACCACUUGCUUGGGAAGAGAAUUGUAGCAGUGAAGGUUAUUCCUCUCGACAUCACUGUGGAGCUACAGAAGCAGAUCAUGUCAGAGCUUGAGAUCCUUUAUAAGUGUGAUUCUCCAUACAUCAUAAAGUUCUACAGUGCUUUCUUUGUGGAGAACAGAAUAUCGAUAUGCACUGAGUUUAUGGAUGGUGGUUCUCUGGAUGUCUACUGGAGAAUCCCAGAGCAUGUCUUGGGCAGAAUUGCUGUGGCGGUGGUAAAAGGAUUAACGUACCUCUGGAGCCUGAAGAUUUUACACAGAGAUGUGAAACCCUCCAACAUGCUGGUUAACACACGGGGUCAAGUUAAACUGUGUGACUUUGGAGUCAGCACACAGUUGGUGAACUCAAUCGCAAAAACAUACGUCGGGACCAAUGCUUACAUGGCGCCAGAGCGGAUAUCAGGGGAACAGUAUGGUAUUCACUCGGACGUGUGGAGCGUAGCAAUCUCUUUCAUGGAGUUGGCGCUGGGCUCUUUUCCAUAUCCACAGAUUCAAAAGAACCAGGGCUCCUUAAUGCCUCUUCAGUUAUUGCAGUGCAUUGUUGAUGAGGAUCCUCCGGUGCUUCCAAUUGGUCAGUUCAGUGAGAAAUUUGUCCACUUCAUUACACAAUGUAUGAGGAAGCAACCCAAAGAAAGACCAGCUCCAAACAAUCUCAUGGACCACCCCUUCAUCAUGCAAUAUAAUGAUGGCAACACGGAGGUGGUGUCCAUGUGGGUGUGCCGCAGCCUAGAGGAGCGCAAAAGCCAUCAAGCACAGAGACUCAUGUGAACGGGCCGCGGCACCGGAUGGAAUUCUGGGAUAAUACGGUGUCCAGAUUUCCUCACUUUACUCUUCCACUGAACCUAGAGAAGCAGCGGCUGAUCUCACACACAGCACCUCUGUUAAUGGUGCAAAGCGAGAGAACCGCUACGAGUCUAAUGCAGAUUAUGCUAGCAUCCUGCAGACGAGGAUGUUGGUUUGCGUCGAUGCAGAUCUUUAACUUUGUUCUCCUGCACUUGGUUUCUUUUCACUUUCUGUGCAGAUUCCAAAAGUAAAUGUUUUGGCAGAAGAUCCUUGCGGGGGGGCUGUUGCUUGCUCGACUCGGAUUUAGUUCCUGUGGGUUUAGAUAUGAAAGAAAAUAUAGUCUCUGUCUAUAGCUAAAGCAACAAUCUGGCUUUGCCAAAACAUUGUGGGCAUGUCAUAAAUCAUCUGGGUUUUUAAGCGCAUGGGCUUGUGUCUAGCAUUGCUCCUCGCUGCAGUGCAAGUCAUGCUGCUGUUGUUUUAAAAGCCACUUUUUGUUGAGUUUCACAAAUGGCCUGCCAGUUGUGGCAAUAAACCAUUGAAGAUGUAAAGAAUGUGAUGCCUUGUUAUGGUGGAAGGCUCAUGUGGAUGAGCUUCUAGAUUAGUUUCCUACUGCUGCUGACUGUAAUGAUACAGUGGGUUUGGUUUUAGCCCUCAUUCAGCAUAAGCCCUCCUGUGAACUUUAUUCAAGGGCUUCAUGGAAAUUGGUUUAUUCUCUCUUUUAAGGUCAUUUUAUACACUUUUAGCUCUAUGUACACUACCGUUUAAAAGUUUGUAAUUCAUACAAUUUUUUUUUUUUGUAUGCAGUAAGGAAGAAUUACAUUUUACAAAAAUAACAGUAGAGACAAUAUUACAGAGGAUUUCUGUUGCAAAUAAAUGUAAAAAAAAAGUACCCUGUUUGCCUCAAAGAAGCAGCACAACUGUUUUCAACACUGAUAAUAAGUCAUUUUUGAAGAAUCAUGUGACACUGAAGACUAGAGCAAUGCCUGCUGUAAAUUCAGCUCUGCCGUUGCAGGAAUAAGUUGUCUUUUAAAACAUAAAUGGUACUAAUAUUUCACAGCAUUACAGUUUUACUAUAUUUGUGAUCAGAUAAAUGAUGCCACAGUGAACAUAAGAGACCACUUUCAAAAAUAUUUAGAAAUCUUACCAACCACAAACUCUUAAGCCGUAGAGUACGUUUUAAAGCGUCGGUCUCAAACUCGGUUCCUGGAAGAUCACAGCUCUGUAGAGUUUAGCUCCAAGCAGUGCCAAAUCACACCUGCUUGGAAGUUUCUAGUAAUCCUAAAGACUUUGAUUAGCUGGAUCAGGUGUGUUUGAUUAGGGUUGGAGCAAAACUGAGCCGUGGCCCUCCAGGAAUAGGCCCUUUUCACAUGACGUCAUGCAACUUCCGUUCUGACUCGAAGCAGGGCAUUCUUUCUUCCGUCAGCUUGAAGUCGAGGGAGGAGUUGGAGUCUUUAUUGUAAUUAGAUGUGUUUCUCAAAAUAUAAACGUAAACAGAAAGCCUUUUCAUUUAGUCAUUUCUGUCCUGCUUUAUUCAGCGCCUGUAUGCCCAAGAAUAGUUCAGCAUUAGCUUGUACUAUUAAAAUAUCAAAAAAAUGUUGUGUAUGAUCACCGUAGCACCAUUUUGGAGAGUAUGCACUGAAGGCAAACUACACUCUAAGAAAUAAAGGUACAAAUGCUGUCACUGGGACUAAUAUUUUUGGGACUAAUAAAAUGCUGUAGCUUUUUAAAAGGUACACUUUUGUACCUAUUAGGUUCAGAUAUGUAUACUUAUGUACCUUUUAAGUACUAAUAUGUACCAAAAUGGACCCUUUAGGUACAAACAUGUACCUUUUGAAAAGAUACCUCCAGAUACCUGACAGUUAUUGUAGUUUUAUUCUGAGAGUGUAUGUACGCUCUUCUGUCAGCCGUCAUUCACUUUCUAUGUGUAUUUACAAAAAUAUUAACAUCCUUGUGGCUCGGCGGGCACAGCGUAUUCUCCAAAAUGGUGCUACAGUGAUGGGGAGAGAUACCAAGGAGACUAAUUAUUGCAUAACAAAUCAUUAUUUUCUUUUUGCUAUUUGCAUACAAAAAGUAUUCUUCAUAAAAUUCAAGGUUGAACCACUGAUGGCAGAUGUUGACGAUGUCUGCCGGACCUUUGGCGGUCCAUAAGACAGUCUCAAGUCUCCCAGCCUUCAUCUAAAAUAUCUUAAAUUGUGCUCAGGACGAACAAAGAUUUUAUUUUGGAACGACAACAUUUUCAAUUUGGCGUAGACUGUCCCUUCAAUAUUACACAGCAAAUCGAUCUACUCAGUAUUUUCUACAUAAGUUUUUAAUGAAAGAAAAUCUCUAAAAUGAUCUUCAGGUUGGAAACCAGACGAAAGCCUGUGUAUUCUUCGAUCACAUUAGCAGAUGCAGAUUAGCACAGCAGGUGCAAGAAGGACAGUAGUGACUCAUAGCACCCUUUUCAACCUGAAUUCCCGUUUCUCUUAUGCUUUAAACUAGAAACUAAUAAAACCGUGAACAAUGUUUCAUAGCAGCAUGUGUAUCUCAAUUCACCGAUUCAACUUACUGUUAAGUCUGCCUUCGGCAAAUCAGCAAGCUCCUUACUUUAACCACAUCAGGCCAUCACAUCUGACUUCCUUUUUUAUAUUUAAGCGCCACGUUAAUGUCUUGUCAGUAUUACCUUUCAAAUGCAAGUGCCAGAUAUUUCAUUUAGAUACUGUGAUUCAUCCCUGCUUCUUGAAAAAAUAUCUGAAAACUAUUACCCCAGUGGAUAUGACUGCCAUCACACAGAAGAAGAGCAUUUUAUGUCAUGGAGAAUGUGUAUCGUUCUGAAAUGUAGUUGUCACGUACCGAAGCCAAAUACAUUAUUACAUUGUUGUUGUUUUUUGUUAAGCUGUAUUGUAAGUUAUAUUGUUUGUUGCACCCGUUUCUUAAUAUGCACAGCUGUUUCGAAUUCAUUUCUUCGUGUUAAUGACAACUGGCCAAAACUAAAUCAGUCGAGGAACAAAAACAACCCUGUGACUAGCUGGGGUUUGCACAUAAGUGAUUUUUCCCAAUAAAACCUUUCAGAUCUCA